ACUAUGUAGUGUUUCGUUUGGAAAUAAGUCAAAGACAGAAAGAAAACGUCGCAUUGCGGAGGAAACUACAGCUACUGGAACUGAAGGUAUCACGGGAGCGGGCAGAGAAAACAAUGCGAGAGCGCCUCCUCGCCAGUCGUCCCAGAAGUGUCAAGAUCCUCGACCUGAUACAGAGGAAUGGCAAGAGGUGAAGGACAUCUCACUGGAGCCUACAGGAGCUUUGGGAAGCCAGCUGGACACAAUACAUGGAGAGAUAACCAGCCAAUCACUGUUGAUGAGAGGAGAGGAACCUCAACCCAGCAUGUUAUCAUGAUAGAGUCUGCAGAUGUAGAGGCGGCAGGUCCUGGAGGAUCAUCUCUGGUCAAGCAGGAGAGGACUGAAGGAGAGGAGGACCGACAGCACAGCAGAGACAUCCAGACUGGAGCAGCGGCUGUAGUGGCGCCCCUUGUUGCCAUGGAGGACCACGCGACCGCCGUGCAGCCCAGGACCCAACGCAGCAUCACAGAGGUCAAUGGAAUGCUGAAUGCCAUCGUCAAGUCAGACACAGAGACUUUAACUGUAACACAAAGGCUCUUACACACAGGAUCUGACAACAGAUCAGACCCAGAGAGACUGGGGCCGGGGCCACUGGGCUGUCCUCCUGCUCCCGGCUUAGAGUAUUUACUUUACCCAAGCCCGAGGAUGGCUCAUUCCCAUCGGGACUCAGGUGACGCAUUAGAGACUGGCAAUGAUCCGUCUUGUUCUUACACUACAGAGAUGGACCCUUGCAAUAUGACCUUGGGUUUAGAGAGACAGACUGAUCUGUCUACAGGGGACUGGAACCGGUACAGUAGUAGUGUAUACUCCGAAAGGUGCUUAGAUAAGAAAGGGGAGGGUUUGGUCGUAGAUGAAGUGACUGUGAAAGUGGAGGGCGACAUUUCUCCCACAUGGAAUGCAGAUAGUAACCUAAGAGAUGGACACUCACGGGGAACAGAUUUCUUAGAUUACAGGGAAUGCUUAGAAACUAAUCCAAAUGUCACAACCCACUCCCCUUUACUCGUGCUCAGAGAUCGCGACUUAGUGUCCUCAUCGAUGGGGCCUUCCGAUUCACACAACUGCCUUUUUGAUCAGGUAUUGAACUCAAAUGACAGGGCUACAACCCAGGCUAUGGGAGGAGGAGCCACAUCAGGUAAUAGUAAAGAGAAACGGUUCCUCUGCAUGUUCUGUAACAAAGGCUUCAGCUGCCCCCAGAAAGUGAAGAUCCAUCAGAGGAUCCACACAGGGGAGAAACGCUUCAGGUGUACCCAGUGUCAUAUGCGCUUCGCCCAGGCUGGUGACCUGAAGAGGCACCAGAGGGUCCACACAGGGGUGAAACCCUUCAGCUGUACCCAGUGUCAUAUGCGCUUCGCCCAGGCUGGCCACCUGAAGAGGCACCAGAGGGUCCACACAGGGGAGAAACCCUACAGCUGCCCCCAGUGUGAGAAGAGGUUCUCCCGCCAGGACCAGCUGAAGAUGCACCUGAAGGUCCACAUGGGAGAAAAGCUGUUAGCUUGUACGCACUGAGCUACCUCAGGAUACACCAGCAGAAAAACCAUUCCACUAUAUAACAUAGAAAGUAACCGUUCUACUCUACAGCUUCUGACAUUUAGAUCAAACCCUGCAUUAAAGGCAAAGAUUAAUUUUCAUUGUUGUCCACAGAAAAGGUCGACAGACGUGUUUGGUAUAACGAGAGUAACAUAUUUCAGUGUUGAAUAUUCCAAAUUGUAUUUGUCACAUGCUUCGUAAACAACAGGUGUAGA